AUUGUUAUGAAUUGUUGCUUCUACGUCCCGUCGACUGUCAAGAUAAUCAAAUAAAAUGUCAUUUUGCUUAGUAGUGUCGCAUUCGCGUUAAAUGUAAUUUUGUUAAGAAUCAAAGUUAUUGGACAAUAUAAUGUGUGACAAUGGCCUCGGUAAAAGUAGCUGUAAGGGUGCGCCCAUUCAAUCAAAGAGAGAAGGACAUGAACGCCAAGUUGAUUGUCCAAAUGGAAGCCAAGAAGACAAGAUUGCUAACUGUAAAAAAUAGCAAAGAACAAAAUGACGGCAGCCGGGAGAAGUACAAGGACUUCACAUUCGAUCACUCGUACUGGUCCUUCGACAGCGGUGACAAACACUUCGCGACGCAGGAUCAGGUGUUCGCCGACCUAGGUCUGGACGUGAUAGACAGCGCGUUCGAGGGGUACAAUGCUUGCGUGUUCGCGUACGGACAGACGGGCAGCGGGAAAACCUUCACCAUGAUGGGGAAACCCGAAUCACAGGGCCUAAUACCGCGGAUAUGUCGUCAGCUGUUCUCUCGUGUCGCCGCCGGUAAGGAAUCGGGAGCGUCCUACCGUACGGAGGUCAGCUACCUCGAAAUAUACAACGAGAGGGUGAAGGACCUACUGGCCACUGACUCGGGUCACUCGCUGAGGGUCCGAGAACAUCCCAAGCUUGGUCCCUAUGUGCAGGAUUUGUCCAAACAUUUGGUGUCCGAUUAUGAUGAUAUACAGGAAUGCAUGCACCGCGGCAACCUUCACCGAACGACAGCAUCGACGCAGAUGAACGACGUGUCGUCUCGCUCACACGCCAUCUUCACGAUCACCUUCGUGCAGGCGAGCUACCUGCGCCACAAUAACAUGCCCAGCGAGACCGUCUCGAAGGUUCAUCUCGUUGAUCUUGCUGGCAGUGAGCGAGCCGAUGCUACGGGAGCCACUGGCCAGCGAUUGGUCGAAGGCGCACAUAUUAACAAAUCGCUGGUGACGCUUGGUUCCGUCAUUUCCGCGCUAGCUGAAGCCACUAACCAACCAGUGGACAGUCGUACACCGAAAAGCAAGAAAGUCUUCAUUCCAUAUCGAGAUUCGGUGCUAACAUGGCUUCUGAAGGAUUCACUCGGAGGAAACUCAAAAACAAUAAUGAUUGCUGCGAUAUCGCCAGCUGACUGUAACUAUGGUGAAACGCUGUCGACCCUCAGAUACGCCAACAGGGCAAAGAAUAUCAUCAACAAGCCCACCAUCAACGAGGACCCCAACGUCAAACUCAUCAGAGAACUGCGCGAAGAGAUCGAGAAGCUUCGCAAACAGAUAUCACACAACACGGAUCCAAUCGAGAUGGAGCCAGCAGUGCUCGCCACUCUCCAGCGCAAGGAAGCUCAGGAGAAAGUCCUCACAGAGAAGUGGACGGAGAAAUGGAGGGAAACUCAGCAAAUCCUGCAGGAGCAAAAGGCGUUGGGUCUGAGGAAGAGUGGGCUGGGAGUCGUUCUGGACUCCGACAUGCCACAUCUAGUGGGUAUCGACGACAACUUGCUCUCUACUGGCGUCACGCUCUACCAUCUUAAGGAGGGCGAGACGCUGAUCGGCAGCGAGGAGUACUCGCCGACGCCCGACAUCGUGCUGGCGGGCGCGGGCGUGCUGCCGCUGCACUGCCGCGUGGCGCUGGCGGACGGCGUGGCCACCAUCAGCCCGGCGCCCGGCGCGCAGUGCUGGCUCAACACCGUGCUGCUCGACCGCCCCGCCAAGCUCAGCCAGGGUUGCAUUCUCCUCCUCGGUCGCACGAACAUGUUCCGCUACAAUGAUCCUGCGGAGGCUGCGAAACUGAGACAAGAGGGCGCCUCUGCUAUGAAUCUCUCCCGCCUGUCUCUACUCUCCUGGUCCACUACCGAUUUAGCAGCGAGCAAUGAAAACCUCAACUCUACACUUUCUGACUUGGAGAGUGAAAUUCGCUGUGAACGCAUCGAGGCUCAGCGCGCAGAGCUCGAGCGUGAGCGGCAGCAGUUCGAGCUGCAGCAGGAGGAGCGGCAGCGGCGCUGGCGGGCCGAGCGCGAGCAGCUGCUGCAGGCGCAGCGGCAGCUGGACGAGGAGCGGUCAGCGAUGGAGAAAGAGUACGCGGCGGCGUGUAAGCGACUGUCGGGCGACUGGCGAGCGCUAGAGCGCGGCUGGACGCUGCGGCGCCGCGCGCUGCGCUGCCGCCAGCGGGAGCUCAGCGCGCGCGCGCACUCGCACGCCGCCGCCGCGCGCUCCGCCGGCGACGAGAUUGAGAAGGAGGAAGCGCAGAUAGCUGAGUUGAGGAGACGGCUGGGGGGGGCUCAGGAGAGGUUGCAGGAGUACGUCAGUGCUACCACCCAGGACCUGCUCGCGCAGGGCUGCCGCUUGGAUGAGAGUUUAACACCAAGUCCAGAUAGUCCAGCUUCAGAGACCUCAACCGAGAGCCUGAUGCACCUACUGCAGCAGUGCGAGCCCAACACCGCCAACAGCAUUAAAGAAACUGUCGAAAGACACAAAAAAAAGUUAGAGAACCUUGAACAAGAGCUACAAGGUCGCGUCGCGAGUGUUGCCGCUCACCGCGUGAAGGUAGAACGUCUGCAACAGGAACUGGCGCUGUUGGCGGCUAAGGAGAGGGGGCUCACCAGGGCCCUGGCUGACGGGGAUGGCGAUAGCGACAUGUCUCCAUCCGAUGGAGUGAAGCGCAGUAAGUCAGAGCUGGUCCUUCGUGGUCGAGGAGAUACUCCAGAACAACUCUCUGCUGACGAAAGGGAGCACUUCCGGAAUAAGCGACUUAGCUUAAGCCUCAGCCUCGACCCCCUCCCCUCCCUUAACUCCACCCUAAACACCCCAGACACGUUCCACACAGCGACGUCCUCCCCCAAGCCUUUUCCCUCAGAAUCAUCCCUAACCACCCCCUCCACUACCGAGGUAUCGGUACCUGUGAGCGAGGUACACCCCCUGCCGCAGUUCAAACUCGGACCAGCGCCUGAUGAUAGCGAUGAUCUGUCAAGCACUGAAGACUAUCACAAGCCGCGAAUAGUUGAGGGACAGUCGUCGAGUUCGGUGGAGAGGUCGCCGGAGGAACGACAGCAGAGGACGAAAUAUAGAAGGAGAAUCAGCGACGGCAAGUCACGUCGCCAAGUAACAGAGGCGGAAGCGUUACGAGCAAUGCAGCGUCUCUGCUCCAGAAUCGCCUCGCAGAAAAUGCUCGUCAUAUCCUCGUUAGAGAACGACUGCUCGAAGGAAGAGCUGAACAGACAGAUUGCGGUGCUUCAAGACCUGCAAAAGAAGUACGUCCGGUUAGAAAUGGCGCUCCAGUACUCGUUCUUCGACAACCAGCCCAACAAGCGCACCAUCAUGGUCACCCCCAUACAGGAGACACCCUCGCUGACCCUCAGCGAGAGCGACAUGCAAGUAGCCAACGAGCCAGAUGAAAACAUCCAAAAUGGACACUUUGAGGACCCUUUAAGAAGCAGGUUAAAGGAGGCGGAAGUAGAAGCGUCCGACAACGUGUCGACGUCCAACGACGAGCUCCCCCUGGAGCCGGCGUGGCGCGACCCGCUGCGGGCGCUCUGCCCCUCGCCGCCGCGGGAGCCCCGCCUGGCCAUCCCGCGAGCCGUCUCCGUGAGUGGGAACUAUGAAGUCGAAGGACUUAUGCACCCUGUUGAUUUUUCGCAAGUGGUGAGCAUCCCGGGCUGGGUGACGCGCGGCGCGGGGGCGCGCACGCACCACGAGUACGAGGUGCGCCUGCGCCUGCCGCACGCCUCCACCGCGCUGCUGCGCCGCUACCGCCGCUUCCGGGACCUCUACCUCGCCGCGCGCGCGCUCUACGGGGAGAAGGUGGCGGCCAUCCCGUUCCCCGGGCGCGCGCUGUGGUCGUCGGAGGCGCUGGCGCGCGCGCGCCGGCCGCAGCUGGAGGCGUUCCUGCGCCGCCUGCUGGCCGCCUGCGCCGCCGACCGCCGCUGCCCGCUGCACGCCGAGCCCGUCACGCACGACUCGCUCGUCGCCUUCUCGCCCUUCUUCAGAAAGGGCGUGUUCGAGAGCGGCAAGUGCGGCACGGGAUGA